AUGGGUCUAAGGGGCGUUCAGUUGGGCCUCCGUGCGUGGGAGUUCUUGUGGACUCUGCUCAUCAUGGCCCUCGUGGGUAACAUAAUCGCCUCGGCAUUCUCAGGCAACCCAGCUACUAUCAACUACGCGAUGUUCUGUUCGGCGUUCUCGAUGUUCUCGCUGAUCUACCUGGUACCGGCCUCGUUCAAUUCGGACUGGGCCUUCCACCCGAUCAUCAUGGUCGUGGUCGACGCGCUCAACUGCGUGUUUUUCUUCGCCGCGGCUAUCGCGCUCGCUGCGAAGCUCACAGUCCACUCUUGCCACAACCAGUCCUAUCUUUUAAGCAAUGAAAUCACCAACGGCGCGAACAACAUGACGAAGCGCUGCCGUGAGUCCCAAGCAUCAACGGCCUUUUUGUGGUUCGCCUGGGCUGGGUACAUGGCCUCCGUCAUCGUCUCUGUGUUCAUGGCUCGGUCUUCGACUUCCACCCUCCGUGGCCGCAGUGCUAGCCGUCGCCGCCCUAACAUGGCCCAGGUUUAA